AACAACAUGAUUAAGUUUCACGUGUGGUUAUUGUUUUUAAAUAUUUGUUAUGCAACUGGAGACCCAUUAUUACUUACGAAGUUUAUAAAAAGAGGAAAAAUAGAUGAAGGACAAAAUGCAGCCAAAGUGACUCAUCCAUUGUUUCUUGGCAUUGACAGUUAUUCCGGAUACUUUACCGUAAAUGAAUUUUACAAGUCACAUAUAUUCUUCUGGUAUAUUCCGACUGAACACGACCAAAACGCACCCUUACUUCUAUGGUUCUCCGGAGGUUUGGGACAAUCAUCUCUUGUUGAUUUGUUUUUGCAAAUUGGUCCGUACGUGCCGAGCAGCCCAGAAUAUUUAAGCUUGCGGGAUCACUCAUUGCACAAACACGUAAAUCUGUUGAUAAUGGAUGCUCCCGUCGGUGUCGGAUUCAGCACGUCCUCGCAAAUCAAUGAAGAGUCUGUCAAUAAUGUUCGAGAUUACUAUGAAGCGUUGUCGCAGUUCUACAAGUUAUUUCCAAGUUUAGUUACAAGAGAUUUGUAUAUUGCCGGUGAAUCAUUUGGAAGUCAAUCAAUGAUUAAGCUUGGAUCGUUAAUUCAAACCCAAAAUAAUGAAAUUAUUCUAAAACACAAGAAAGAUAGAAGUGAUUAUGAUACUAUAAAUUUAAAAGGAUUCAUUUUCCUUCGAGGAAUCUUUGAUAUUCGUAAGCAGAUGAAUUUUGCUGAUUAUUGGUUCCAAAUGGGCAUCAUAGAUACCGCUCAAAAAAGUAUCUUGGAACAAGAACAAUAUAAAAUGCUGGAGUUUAUAGAUUCUGGGAAAUAUAAACUGGCGUAUCAUAAACUUAGUGAUAUCAUUCUGGGUUCUAAGGAAAUAACACCAUUUAAUACGCACUUUGAAAACUUUACUGGUUCUACCGAAAUUGUAAACAAUCCGGAAUACGAAAACAGGACACAUAUUAAUAAUAUGAUAAUAUUUUUAAAUAGGGAUGAUAUUCAAAAUGCGUUGCAUACUGCAAACGUAUCAUUUUUGGAAUUUUCUCCUGAUGUAAAGAAUAUUUUACUUUCUUCCGCGACAAUUUCUUCUACCGAGUUGUUAAUGGAAUUAUUGCCUGAUUAUAAGUUUCUUUCAAUUAAUACACAACUUGAUCCUUUAACGCCUGCAGUUUUUAUGGAUGGUUACUGGAAUAGCUUUAAUAUAUCACAGUUAAAGAAUUAUUCAACAACAAAGAAAGAAUUUCUAGCAAUUAACGACGAAUUUGUGGGACAUUACAAAAAUGUUGAGAAAUUGUGGCAAGUCUUUGUGAGACAUGAUGUUGAUAAACAACUAUUCUGGCAACAUGAAAUUGUAUAUAAAUUUAUCAACGACUAUAGUUUUAUCUAAA